AGAAGUUCAUCUUUACUUAAAGUGAAUCCAAUAUUUCAUUACUAAUGAAGACAUUACCAUUACAUGCGAUUAGCCUAUUGUCGGUUUUAAUAAUAAAUGGUUUCGUAAAAGACGUUAAGACAGACGUAACGCAAAGUUGUCUCCAAUGUAUUUGCAAGGCGAGCUCCGGCUGUAAGCUGAACACCAAGUGCCACAAUUCGGGUCCCAAUGCCUACUUCUGCGGUCCCUAUCAGAUCUCCUGGGCCUACUGGUCUGACGCGGGAAAGCCUGGAAGUACUGGUCGUUCCGAUGACUUCGAGCACUGUCUGAACGACAAGACCUGUGCCGAGGUUGCGGUCAAGGGUUAUAUGAGUAAAUGGCAGAAGGACUGCAACAACGACGGUGUCAUCGAUUGCCUCGACUUCGCUGCCAUACAUAAGGCAGGCGCGAGUUCUUGUGAUAAACAAUGGCUUUAUAACAGUCAGUAUUGGAAUGUCUUCCGUCAGUGUCAGCUCAGCGCCGGUGAUGCCAAGCCACAACCUCCACAGCCAUCACUCACUGAUGAGCCAUGGAUUCCCUCUCAACCCCAAACUCCUAGACCUCAAUCGCAACCUCAACCUUAUCAGCCCGACCCCUGGAACCGACCACAGCCACAACCUCGUCCUCAAUCACAGCCAUACCCUGAUGACCCUUAUAACCAGCCACAGCCCCCGACUUCAAGAGAUCCAUGGAAUAAACCGCAGCGUCAACCCCAACCCCAAUAUCAACCCCAACCCCAACCCCAACCCCAAUAUCAACCUCAACCUCAACCCCAACCACAACCCGAUUCGGAUGACUCAAUAAUCCAACCAUAUCCCGGCGCACCCGAUAACUCCCCUCCUCAGCCUAAACCCGAUGAAUCGUGGGAUCCCAUCCCAUCCCAACCUGUAAACAAUGAUAAUUACAACCGACCCCAACCCCAACCUCAACCACAACCAAAUCCAUGGGAUCAGCCGCAGCCAAACAAUCCCUAUCCGUAUGACCCAUAUAACCCUGGUCAACCUGUAACAGAGGACCCCUGGUUGGAAGUCUCGCGAGCGGUUGAUGAAGUGGCCCGCCCUUCACCCAAACCCCAGAAUCAGCCCCAGAAUCAGCCCCAACCACAACCCCAACCACAACCACAACCCAGUGAUCCAUGGAAUACAAACAAUGAUCAGUCACCACCACUGGUGAUUCCGGGCAGAGCCCCCACGCAACCUGUUAGUUGGUCACAACCAAAUGAAACACCCUAUAGACCUACAGUCGAUGCCAACCAACCAAAUCCAAAGCCACAGGUGCCACCGUCACCAACACUUAUAGAAGUGCCAAACAAUGGCACUAAUAUUGGCGACCAAUGUUUUGAAUGCAUUUGUCAGGCGAGCAGUGAUUGUGAUCUUAACAAACAGUGCGAAGGUUCGUAUUGCGGGCCAUACCUAAUAAGUUGGGCCUAUUGGUCAGACGGCGGUCAACCUGGAGGUGAUUACGUGACCUGUGCUAAUGAUAAGGGAUGUGCUGAGCGCACAGUUCAGGGAUAUAUGAAUAAAUGGCAGACAGAUUGCAACGGAGACGGACUCAUAGAUUGUACUGAUUUCGCGGCGAUUCAUAAAUUAGGGCCGCAUUCGUGUGGUUCGCAAGCAAUCCAUGGCACCGAUUACUGGACGUCAUACCAGUCCUGUCAAAGUCCUUCAAUAGAAGCGCGAAGACUGGAGCCCAACCCUAAAAGGGAUUCUAUCACAGGUCGCAGUGUACCGCAGUCUCAACCAAAUGCAAACCUAUUCCUCGAGUACCCAAAUCCUAAUCCUAAUCCAAAUCCAGUUGAGUCGAGAGCCAACAAUCCUGUGACUAGAGAUGCGCCCAAUUAUUAUGCAAGAGAUUCGCGGAUAGCAUUCCCCAGGGAUGACCCAAACCUAUCACAGCCUAACGGCUAUGAAGUCACGACAGGACCCGUCUCUCCAAUCAAUGCAAACAAUAAGUCCAACGAUAGAGCACUGGAAGCGCUGGGAUUGCAAAGAGAGUGUUUGGACUGUAUUUGUCACGCGAGCAGUAAAUGUAAUCCAGGAAUUGGCUGUCAGAGUGAUGGCUGGUCGGACGCCGGCAAACCGGGCUUCAGAGGCAACUUAGAGAACCUCGAGAACUACCAGUCCUGUCUCAACAAUAAAGACUGCGCCGAGUCAGCCAUUUAUGGAUUUAUGCGAAAAUGGAAACGCGAUUGUAAUGAAGACAAUCAAAUCAAUUGCUACGACUUCGCGGCCCUCCAUAUGGCCGGACCCGCCAAUUGCAACGCCCAGUGGUUCCUGGAGUCCCAGUAUUGGUCUGAUUUCAGAGAGUGCUUCGACUUUCGCAGGAGAUAAUCAGUUACAGUGACACCAAUUAUCCAUUAAAUAUUAAAUUUAUAAUCAAUUUUGUUGCCAAUAAUCGCACAAUAAUCGCAUUUUUGCCAAUAAUUGCAACCAAACUAUAUUUACAUUUGUUAUGCAUUUUGUAAGAAUUUUGUGAUUAAAACUAAUUGAAAUGUUGAGAAAUCUUUUUGCGAUAUACAGUAUUAAAAGUUAUCUAAAAGUCAUACAAAAUACGCGAAUAAUUAAUUGAAAAGUUUUGUAAGGUUUGUGAACUUUUUUUUGUUAAAAACUAUAUUUGCUUUAAGAGAGAGAGAGAGAGAGAGAG